UACUGAACAGGCAGAUCAUAUAUAAAACCCCAAAAUUUCCACUACAAAGCAUUGAACAAACUGAAUUAAAUUGGCACUAUUUCGUGCUGAAAGGUACCGAUCCAAAUCGAGGGCACACCCUUGAAUCAAGAUGGCGGAAACUGUUAGUUUUGUAAAAACAAUCCAAAAUUUAUUAAAUAAGUGAACAAUGGAAGCACUUCCAACUUUAGAAUUUAAAUAACCAAAAAUAGUGAAAUGGUCCCUCUCAUUCCCGAUUACUAAAUUGACAAGUAAUUGAGUUACAUUCUAUUUACGCAAAACUUGAUUGACAGGUGCGAGACGACUAGUGAAUGAAAACAAUUUGGUUGUAAAUUGGUGUUGCCAAAUAAAGAGAAGAUGGCAGGACAUUUGAACCAGGAUCAUGUCGAGGAAAAGGUUCUGUAUCGCCGGCUAAAUCCAGUGAGGCUUGAAAGUUUAAAUCUUGGAUUGAGGGCUUCCAAAAUGGCGAUCGACCCUGAGAUACGGUUUACGAAGCUGGAACAGAUUGGGAAAGGCUCGUUUGGCUGUGUGUUUAAAGGCAUUGAUAACGAAUCACAGGAGGUUGUAGCCAUCAAGAUAAUAGACUUGGAGGAGGCCGAAGAUGAGAUUGAGGACAUACAGCAGGAGAUCAUGGUCCUCUCACAGUGUGACAGUCCCUAUGUAACCAAAUACUUUGGCUCAUAUCUCAAGGGCUCCAAUUUAUGGAUUAUCAUGGAGUAUUUAGGAGGAGGUUCUGCUUUAGACCUGAUGAAAGCAGGGCUGUUUGCGGAAUCAGACAUCGCCAUUAUACUGCGAGAAAUCAUCAAAGGGCUCGAUUACCUUCACUCAGAAAGAAAACUUCACAGAGACAUUAAAGCUGCCAAUGUUUUGUUAUCGGAGCAGGGUGACGUGAAGUUGGCAGAUUUCGGUGUCGCCGGCCAGCUCACCAACACAAUGAACAAACGUAACACAUUUGUCGGUACCCCCUUCUGGAUGGCACCAGAAGUAAUAAAACAAUCAGCUUAUGAUACUAAGGCUGAUAUAUGGAGUUUAGGUAUUACUGCUAUUGAACUGGCAAAAGGGGAACCCCCGAAUUCCGAGCUUCACCCGAUGCGAGUGCUCUUCCUCAUUCCGAAAAACCCACCACCUCAAUUGACGGGAAACUAUUCCAAACCUUUUAAGGAUUUUGUAGAAUUGUGUUUAAACAAAGAUCCGAACAAUCGCCCGUCAGCAAGGGACCUGAUACGUCACCCAUUCAUGAGGAAGGCAAAGCGUACAACAUUCCUACAGGACCUGAUUGACCGUUACAAACGAUGGAAGGAGGAUGUCAGACCCACAUCUGACAGCGAUAGUGACGAUGAGGUUGGAUCAGAUGACGAGGAAAACACGCCUCAGUGGAUACUCGACACGGUAAAGGUCAACGCCCCUGAUGUGUAUGAGACGUAUAUCAACAAGGCGGAGGUCAAUGGGGAAACAGACAAGUCAAAUUUUCGUUCCUCAUUGCCGGGCAACAAAAGACAAGCACCUGCAAUUCCUCACACCAAUGACAAAAAUAUUCAUGUUCCUAAUCCCUCUCAGAAUCGGCAGCCGCUUGAGCCCGCCCACGGCGGACGUAUGGGUAACCAUGGAAACAUUGGGGUCCCCUCAGUAACGUCCAGUCAAUCAAGCAUGAAUGAUUUACGAUCAUCUGGCCAGCAAGCAUAUAACCCUGCGGCAAGGCAUGCUGGUCCACAGUUAGGGCCCAUUAUACAUGCACGGUCUGAUUCAGCGCCCAGCCUCAAUGAUCGAGCAGAGCCUAGGCCAGAGCCCGUUCAUUACCGGAGUAGGUCGGAUAUUGCCCGACAAGGGCCAAAAGUAUCACCUAAACCCUCAUUCAAUAACCGACAAAGCAUGCCCCAAAAUGCUGUGUACAUAAGUCCGCCACUAUAUGAAAAUGUCACGCCAAAUAAAGCACAUUUUUCCCGCCCCAAAUCCCAGUAUGAUAUUCCCAAUCACCAUUCCUCCCAUGUACAAGUCACAUCCACUGGCCAACUCUCUGUAUAUCAAGCGGGAGGAGAAAAUUCCCCGCUUAGAUAUGGGCACAUGGGGCAACCCCCCACCCAGCCAAAGCCGAGUCGACCCAUGUCUGUUGGCAAUGAACCACAGUUGUCAGUCAGUCUUACUCCGACAAUUUUCCCCUUACUCGACAAGUUAAAAGAAGAUUAUAGAGAAGAAUAUCGGCGUAAUGGUCGACCAAUCCAACGAACCGAAGCAGCGGAGGAGCUAAAGAAUGCGUUUGACCUUGCGGAGAGGUCAUGUCCGGGAAUAACGGACGAACUUGUGGCAGGGAUGUUGGGCAAACUGUGUAGUUUAAAACUGAGCGAUGGUGAAAUCAAGAGGGCUAUAGAUAAAGUCAAACGGCCAGUAUAGUAGUUGCUGAUACCGCUGGCAUUAUACAUGUUAAUCAUCCUCGUCAUCGAAAAUACUUCCAUGUCAUUCGACAGUGUCCAUUCCAUCCCUGUAUAUAGACAAGACACCUCUUACAAGUGUGAUACUGGGACAAAACUGUGCCCUACUGUGCUGCAGUUGUAUAAUACUACACCCAACUGUUGGCUGAUGUAGAGCACUGUGCCCUACUGUACUGCAGUUGUAUAAUACUACAUCCAACUGUUCGCUGAUGUAGAACACUGUGCCCUACUGUACUGCAGUUGUAUAACACUACACUCAACAGUUCUGUAUGUUGACGUAUUACAUAAUUGUUAUUGGAAAAGAUUAUUUCCUACAUGUCUUGACUUCAUAUGUUAUAUAGAGUUUUUUUGAGUUUUACAGAAUAUUCUUGUUACUUUAUUCUGUUAAUUAUAGAUAUUGUGUUUCGUUAAAAAAAAACAUAAUAAAAAAAUUGCUUUUCCGAAAGUUAUGUAUAAGGUGAUUUUUUGUGUUAAAAACAAGCCUUGAAUUCUGUAAUUGAAUGUUUAAUUUAGAAAUAGAGCCUCCAUUUCUUUUCAAACUUCCGGAGGAAUUUGACAAUUGCAGCAAUUUAAGAAUAUUAUGUAAAUUUCAAUUUUUAAGUAACAGUUUGCAAUACCUCUUCCUUUUUUACUAUUUAAUUCAGCAUUACCCAGAGUUAUGUUCUGUUAAAAUAAGAAAUGGCAUCGCAGGAUUUUGUGGCCCAAAGUAGAUGAGUCUGAGAUAGUAACAUUAACAUGUAUGGAUGGGAAUUCUCUGUAUUAAAGGGCUAGACACCAGAUUAUACAGUUCCAAAAGAAAACGAAAAUUGUCAAAAUCUUGCAUAAAAUUCACAUAGUUGUGUACAACGCAUUGAAUCUUACUUACUGAUGUAUCACAUCGCUUAAAACACAUGGAUCUAGCGAAGUUUUUGCGUUUUUUUCUUAUUUGAAAUUUAUUAUUGUUUUCAACCACAUAAUUUGCGUAAGUUUGAAAACAGUGUAGAUAUAAUUAUCUUUACUUAUAAUUAGAUAUGAUUGUAACUGGGAAACCGUUAUACGCUAUUUUAAAUGGGGAAACACAGAUGAGGCAGCAACAUGAUUGUUGCAUUUAUUAUUUUAACCAUGUCAAGUUACAUAUCAUUGGCCUCCUACUAGCUCGCAUCGACAAUUCUAGGCUUGUUUUAAAGAAAUACUGUAUUUACCGAUUUUUUGACCAUCUGGUGUCUAGCCCCUUUAAUGCUAUCAGUUAAAUCAUUUCUUCUUUAUAAUGAAAUGUAAGACUGACAUAAUUUCUGUAAUGAAACACCCUAUAUUCAGUUUUUUUAAGGUUUCAACUAUAAACCCAACUUUUCCGAGUGCAACAAUAAUCUUUUUUUCAAAAUCGAUGGUUUCCACCUAGGGCCAACAAUUAUGUGAUGUGUCAUAUUAUAUAUACUUACACUGUAUACUUGAAAUAAGAUUGUUGAUAAAAUUGUGUACAAAACUCAUAAAGAACAGUUUCUGUUACGGUUUGUUUUAUAAUGGGCACGUUGUCAAAUUAAUAUGAAUGUCCAGCACAUUAUGUUAGUGUUAUGUCCUAUGCAAUACGAUGAAAAAUUAAUUAUUAUACUGUUAUCAUACAAAUUUUUUUUUAAUUUAUGAUAUUUAAUAGUUUGGAUAAUUGGGGUGAGUUAUUACAUUAACUUUAGGACAAGUUUUAUGUCAAGAUAUAUUUGUUAAAGGCUUCAAAGUUCCAUGCAAGUUGUAAAAGAAUAAAGGAUCUAUAUCUAUGGAGCAGAUAGCUAAACGCUAUCUAAAGCUAAAUUUUAUUGCUGCUCUACUUCAAUUGCAAUUUACAUGAUGUCGAACCAGCUGGAUAUCAAUAUUUACAACUAGAUAUAUUACAAGUCAGUGAAGUCACAUAACAACCCUGGCCAGAAAAAUGCAUGGAGACUUGGAUUCAAUAUAUGAGUACUCUUUUAUAAAACAAAGUAGGGAAUUAUUGAGGGCUGUCUUAGGUCAAUUUAGUUUCAUGUCUAUUAGUUUUGCAUGAGCGGACUGUAGAAUUCUAGGUUACUAUCAUUAUGUGUGAAGCUACAUGUACAUUCCUCUGUUAAAAUGGCAUGCUCUAUGUUUCCUAUGUGUUUGUUCUAUAUAUAUAAUAUCCAAUACUUCAUAUCUACACGGUUACCAUGUUAUGUGAGUAGCAUUAUGUUCCAACUGGCUGAAUUGUUCGUUAUGUUAAAGGGACUAGACACCAGAUGAUACCAUUGCAAGAAAAAAGACAAUUGUCAAAAACUUACAUAAAAUUGAUAUCGUUUUGUACAAUGCAUUGAAUCUUCCUUUCUGAUGAAUCACAUCUCUUAUGACACAUGUAUCUUUCGCAGUUUUUGCGUAUUUCUCAAUUUCGAACUUACUGGAGUUGUCUACCAUGUAAAUACCAGUAAAUUUAAAAAUAGCAUCUGUUGAUGUAUCUGUACUAAUCAUGUGACAUUCACAUGCUAAAUAUACACACAAUAUACUCACAAUAUUAUUUAAAUCAUGUAAAGUGAUGUCUUAUCGGCCUCGUGCUACCUCGUAUCCACAGUUCUAGGCUUGUUUUGAAUUUGAGGAAAUAACGUAUAUGCUGAUUUUGUGACCAUCUGGUGUCUAGUCCCUUUAAUGCCAGAAGGUAUGGAAACCUUCUAUAUUUCAAUGUUGACUGGUACGUUCUUGGAUUUACCUCUCAUUCAUGUUAUGGUAUAUAAACUCAGACAGAUAGUGAGGUAUGUUUUAUGAUUCACAGAUGUUGCAUGGUUUUCUAUAUGAUAUUUUUUUUGCACUUUUUUUGAAACAAUGAUUUAUGUAGAACAAGACAAAAUGUAUAAGAAUGAGAAUGAGCUGAUAGUUCAGAACUUUGUUUAAUUUUUUAAGUUAACAUUGUUGUUUUCGUUAUCGUUGUUUAACUCUUUUAUACCUUCACCUGUUUUAGAAGUUUUGUUGAUGAACAUGUUGUCUGCACUACUUCUUACAAGAUUGGAGACAAUUGUUUUAGCUGUAUUUGUUAUAACUAAAUAUAUGAAAACAUGAUAAAAUAGUUCACCUUCAAAAGUUUACAACAAUAAUCUUGUCAACAUAGCAAGUCUGAAAGUCUGAACAACAGUGAUCUUAACAACAUUGUUAACUUGAGAAAGUUCUGAACAACAGUGAUCUUAACAACAUUGUUAACUUGAGAAAGUUCUGAACAACAAUAAUCUUAACAAUGUUGUUACCUUAAGAAAGUUUUAAAUAUCAGCCCUAUGUAUGCCAUAGCUUUAUUGGGGGUCAUAUAAGAAGUUGUAGCAGGCGUAAGUGACCGGCUGUAUUUUUUGUUUUUUUCAGGAAUCAAAAUUUAUGUAUACUUUUGUUCAAAUGUUUGUAAAACUAUGUCCACUGAAGUCUAUCUUAAAUGGUUUGUGUUGAGUUUAAUUGCAUUCUUUACAAUGUAUUUUUCACUGUUAAUGACUACAGUAUUAUAAUGUAAUUACAAUCUCGUUAAUCGCUUUCUACUGCUAUAGCUGUUGUUAUAGUUGUUAUUGUCAGCCUUUCUCUUUCAACUUUGACACAAAGCUUCUCUGGCUCGGCCUUUAGGAGCAUGUAUAUAGACGUUGCAUCAGGCUCGUUCCAUUCGAACAUAUAACCCAGCCCAGGAAGGCACCUUCAAAUUUGACCAUCUCCAUUUUAGAAUUUUGUUAAAAUUUAAGAAGAAAAAAAUUAACACAAACCUCCCCCUACAAAAUUUUGCUUUCCUGGGGUGGUUUGUAUAUUGAACAAGAAUAGCUCUUAGAAUUAGUAAUGAUGAAAUAUGUAUGUUGAUUUGUAAAAAUUAGGACCGUCGAUUAACUGUUCUAUAAUAAAACUGAGAUAAUGAAAGUUGAAUACCACAGUUGUAUCUUUUUUUUGUUUAAUUGCCUUGAGUAUUAGGGGUUUUUUUAUCGCAAAACGUUUUUGAAAUAAAAAAAAAUGUUAGGAAAAAAAUCAAUAAUUCCAAUUAAGUACCUGUUAAAUUUUUAUAUUGAUUUUUUUUUUCUCAAAAAACAUGUAUCAGUGAGAAAACAACAUCAUUUGCAUUUUUGGUCUUGAGAAUAUGAUUCAUGAAAGAUUUUGUUAGAACUUGAAGCAGUAGAGAAGUGUUGGAUUUUUAAGCUUCAUGUGUUCACAAACAUUUUAUAUUAAUCCUGUAAACAUAAUCUUGUAAACUGUUAACUGACUAUCGGAAUAUUACGACUGUUUGUCUAGUGCAGUAUUCAUAGUAAAUUUCAUUGUCACUUCAAAGGAACUCAUUCAUUAAACAUUAGACCUCAAACAAAAAAGUUUGUUUGAAAUGUGAACAAAAUGCUUGUUUCAAUUAUAAUUCAUCGUCAAAAGUUAUUUUAUAAGGCGACAGAACAUGCUCUAUUUUGCAGAAAAGCGUUAGCUAUUCUAUGGAAAAUUGAAAUAUAUUUGGCUUAGAUUUUCAAAAUUCUGUUCGAGUAUCAGCCAGUUUCUGUAAGUUAAAAAGAAAGUUAGAAAGGCUCAUUGUAAACACAAAAUCCAUGAGUGAGUUCCUUAAAUAUAAUAGUUAAUGUAUAUUUAAAGGGCAGAUUUAGUGUCCAGUAAUAGUGAUUUAUUGUAAUUAUUUGUGUGUAAAAAAAUCUUGAUUUUAGAACCCUGACAAGUGUACACUUACAUGAGCAUGUUAUACGGAUCCAUAAGAUAUUAUCCUCUAUGUAAACUAGUGCAUAACGUAGCCCCCUGACCGAAAAAUUUAACAUUGGUGGCCCUCGUAGAAAAUGAUGUCAGUGAAACAAAUUAUUUAGGUAUACAUAUAUCAAUAUAUUGACUGAACAAAAUAUAUUUAAUGGAACCCCCCAGACUGAAAAAUUGGUGGCCUUCAUAGAAAUGCUAGAUUUUUAUUGGCAGAAGAUAUCAGCGAUUUUUUUUAUUUAGGUAUUUAUCAAUAUGGGGUGGUUAAAGAAUUGGAUGUUCUGUUUUUUAAAUGACAGCACAAAAUAUAGAUUAUGGGGCAGCAAAUGCUGUUAAUUUCUUAAAUAUUGGGCUGAUUGAUCAGACUUUUGUAAAAGUUAACAUCAUUGUUGUUUACUUAAAUUGAAGCUUUACUUUCUGAAAAGUUCCUUAAUUAAACAUGACUGAUUCGAAAAAUUUCUACCAAGUUUUGAGACAAUUUUUUCAGUUGUUCUUAAAUAUAAGUACAUGAUCAGAUAAUCUACAUUUAAAAGAUGACAAUAAUGCUGUUAACAGCGUCGUUUACUUUAACGAAAUUCUGGACAAUCAGCAACUUAGUCUAAAAUAGAAGUGUCAAUAAAAUAAGUGAAUGGAGGAAUUAUUAUUUAUCUGUUUAAUAAAAGUUUGCCGACUAUAAAACAUUUAGUUAACAUAUUAUCAAAGACUUUAUAUAUUGUGUUUCUAUGUUCUAUUUCAUUCCUUAUGUACAUGUUAGUCAGGAUUGUGUGUUAUCAUCGGGUACAUACUGUAAUGAUUCAUUCUUCGUCCAAGAAUGAAUAUUUGUACAUUGCGUUUUUAUACCGGUAUACUAUUAUAUAAAAUAAUAUGAAAAACUAUUGGAAUGACCUGUCAAAAAAUUUGGCAUCUCAUGGUUUUUGAUUCCUUACAAUAUAUUGGAAACAUGGAUAAGUUCCAUUUAGAAAUAGAAAUGCUUUAUCUAUGAGGACAUGAAAACAAAUUUACAUAGCAAGGUCUAUAACUCUGGCUGUAAUAACUAAUGAGUUGUUUCCCUUGAUGGAUUUAACAAAACAGGCAAACAUGGGCAUUUGCCCCAUGGGGCUCGUGUUUUAAUUUGUCACUGUUAACAGCAUUUUGGAGUAUUUCACAGUAUAAAUCAUAUCUAUAUUAAUGAAAAAAAAGUGUUAUCUAAAGUGUAAGCAGUCGUUUUACGAUUGCAUUAUGUUAUGUAGAGUGUGAAAGAUUUUAUUUAAUUAACCACUUUUGCUGUAUAAACUCCUUAUAGAUGUUAUUAACUGUGUAUAUGUUUAACUUAAAACCAUGUACACUUAGGUAUGGAUCUGUUAUUUUUACACUGUACUUGUUGUUAAAAAUGUAUAGAUAAAAUAUCAAUGAAUAAUAAAAUGUAUAAACAUUAA